AUGCGCCUACAGGCCACCAUGGCAAAUAAGCUAGAAUCUCUGGGAGAUCUACCAUUUAAUGAAUUCCGAGGAUUCCGUAACAUGGUCCGGGAAUCCAAAGAGCCGUAUCGUUUUGUGGAUGGAGAGCUAAUUGAGCGAUUCUUGACCUGCGAGCCAAGUUUGCAGGAGGAGAUCGUGAACACGGUUGGGUUGAUGAACGUACAUGAUGUUAAGAUUAUGAUCGAAGCGCUUCGGAGGUUGCAUUAG